AUAUGCUAUGGCGUCUUGCGUGUUAAAUGUAAUUCUUGUCAACCUACCUAACUUUUCUUCCUUCCCGAUUUCUGCCGCAACCUCAAAAAGCGUAAAAGAAGUGGCAAACGUGCACGAGCAGUAAAUAUCAGGCGCGUCCUCGCCUCUUCUCGUCUCUUUGGGCUAUAAAAAUCAUUUAAUAACUGUCUUAACUCAACGUCCAAAACGUUAAACGCGCAAACCACGUUCUUUGUUGCGGUUACUUCGUUAGCCUUGGACGAAGUAGCAGCAAGCGCCCGUUAAAGAAUAAAAACCUAAAUUCUCCAAACGGAGGCGGAAUGGUAAAUAAAUAAAUAAAUUCCCCGUUCGCCGUCUACUUCCUGGUGUUCGUCGGGAAAGAGCUGCUAGCGGAUAGCGAUGUUUACGGUCGGGUCCGACACCGGGCAUUAUACCGUUCGCGCGCUCGCACAGAUUUGACGGACGUCUGUUUUGGUGUUUUUCCUGAAACGUGUGACCGAGGAGAUGUUUUCACAAUGACAGGACGAUGCGAUCAGUGUCGGACCAGGUGAACGCGCUAUCUCGGUCAGAUUACCAUCCUCUUAUCUCCAUGCUGAGACGAGGCUGUUAACAUCGAGUCCCAAAAGCUAGACCAAUAUUUGAUAAAGCACGAAAGAGGAUAUCGCGCUGUUCUCGUUUGCAAGUGUGUUAGGCUGCUCUUACUGUAUUGUCGCUGAUAUCGUGGAAGAUUUGAAGAUCACUGAUGGCGUCAAAAUCUAGGGUCUCCAUUCUGGAUUACUUCAAUAUCGUAUGUGAGGGAGAAAAUGGCAAAAUUGAAUCAAACUGCAAAGCUUGUGGCACAAGGAUUCAGGCUAAACGAACAGUCACUUCUAACUUUGUUACGCAUUUAAAGCGCAAACAUCAAGCCAUGUAUGAUGAGUUUGUGAGGAAGAAAGACGUGAAAAGGGAGGCAAUGCAGAUGUGUACCGGCCCUCCAAGUGGUCGGGUGAUCUCUCAAAGUGGAGCUGGAUUGAACAAAUUUGACUACAGUGAUCCUCGCCAAUCCCUAAUUUCAGAAGCCAUCGCCAAGAUGAUCAUCCGAGACCUGCAGCCGGCACAGAUAGUGGAAUAUGAGGGUUUCCGUGAGCUUCUUCAGCUCCUGGAGCCCCGUUACAUACCGGUACCGUGCCAUUAUAUACAACAGCAGCUCCUGCCAGCCUAUGUCUCCCAAGUGCAACUAGCUGCCAAACAGGCUCUAAAAGGAGCCGAGUCCUGCAGUGUGACCCUUGACCUGUGGAGAAGCAGCUCUGUGGGUAAUAACAGUGGUGCUGGGUUUCUUGGAGUCACUUGUCAUUUCAUUAACGCAGACUGGCACAUCAGAUCUGCUCUUUUGGCAUGCUUACCUCUUCCAGACCAUGGCAACACUCAGCAAAUACUCAGCGAGUUUGACGAGAUCUCAGAGUCCCAUGGCAUGUCUGGCAAAGUGUUCAGAGUCGUCGCAGACAUGUUGCCCUGUGAAAACAGAUCGGCUUUCCGCCUUCCUGGGUUCAGUCUCAUUGGAAAUGGUGAAGAAGAUGAGGAAUAUGGUAGCGAUGAAGAGUCUAGUGCAGGGGAAGCCAAAGAAGCCAUUAGUAGCAACGAGAACAAAUCUUUAGAUCAGUGUCUUGGUCGAAGUAGGAUAGACUGCUUUGCUCGAUUACUAGCUCAGUGUGUUAAGGAAGGAGUUUGCGCUUCCCCUCAAAUAUCAGUACUUCUAAACAAAGGAGCCCACCUGUAUAAUUACAUAACUGCUACAGUGGCUCCUGAAAAACUUGUCCAAGUGUUCGGCUCCAGCACCUCAACAAACUGGCAAAGACCAUCAUCCACAGACAAGUGGAACGCUCAGUUGAAAAUACUGCGGCAAAUGGUAGAGUCAAUGGAUUUUCUUGAAGACAUUGUGGAUAGGAAUGACCUAGUUCUCAGUAGCUUAGAAAAAGCAGAGCUACGGGAGCUGGUUGAGGUGUUGGAGCCUUUUGAGGAGGCCUCAGACAUGGUCCAAGGAGACAAACAUGUGUCCAUCAGCCUAGCCCUGCCCUGUGUGCUCGGUCUGCGCAAGCACCUGGCUGAGGUCGUAACUCACCAGUGCUCAGGGAUCGUGAUGGGACUGUCUCAAGCUCUGGACCGCAGACUCGCAGGCAUUCUUGAAGACCCUCUUUAUGUAACGGCAACCACCCUGGACCCACAGUUCAAGCUGUCCUGGAGCAGUGACAGCGACUGGCACAAACAGGUGCUGCUGGAAGAGGUAGGAAAGCAUACUCGGCCUUUGAGUCCACUAGAACAUCACUCAGAGGCCCAGCCGUCACCGUCCAAACGAUGCAAGCUGUUCUCUUUCAUUAAGCAGAGGCCGACCGCCCAGGCCAAGACCGUGGAGCAGGAGCUGUCCACAUAUCUCCACGAAGAACCCACAGAUGAGGAUCCACUACAAUACUGGAAACGCAAGUCCAUCGAUUUCCCCCUGCUCUCCCAAGUAGCCAAAAAAGUUUUUACCGUGCCAGCAACAACCACUUCAGUGGACCAGAUAUUUAACCUGGUUAGCAAGACGCUCAGACCAGAGCAAUGCCGACUUCUGCCAAAAAACUUGGACACGCUGAUUUACUUGAAGGCUAACUACAGGAUACUUUGGUCCUGAAUGCAAAGAGAGCUCUUUUCUUUGAAUUUUCUUUGUACUGAUAUCAAACCAAACACCUCAAAUGCAAAAUGGGGAUUGUGCCUGAUAUAUAUCUAUCUAAAAAACUAUUGUUGUCAGCAAAUAUUAUUAUUUUUUUGGUUAGGUACAAAGGAUAGGCCUAAAUUAGAUAAAUUAAGUACCCAUUAUGGGUAACAUUUUAUAAUCACUUUCAUCUAUCUAUCUAUCUGUUUGAAAAUCUAAUGCAAUCUAAUGAAAAAGGAAAUGAAAGUUAUUAUAAAAUGUUAACCUAUUAUGACUCAUUAUCAGAUCCUGUUUGCUUUAUUAAAGAGUUUUAUAAAACAUUGUUCUGUCAACUCACUUUCACUACCCUAGAACGCAAUAGGAUCAUACAAGUGCAGUGCGUACUGUACUUACCCUUGAUUAAUUAAGUAUUUACCUAACAAUUAUCCUUCAAAGCAUGAUGUAGAACCCCGGAAAACACUAUUCUUGCAGCCAAAUGCUUUCUCAGAACACCUUUAACAAUAUUACAUUUCCAGCUAAAUUAAACAUCGUUAUUAAACAUUUGGUGUAUAAUAGUUAGCUUUAUAUUAAUCUAAGAUGAAAAGAAUUGGUCAAAUAGAGUUUCAGUGUGGCUGCCAGGUUUUUUGUGUGGGUUCUUUGUGUACAAAACCCACCGGGUAGAAAGCUGCAGGCAGGUUCUGUAAUUGAAAAUAAUUACAUUUCAGGCCUAUGGGGAAUCGCUGAACGCUGACUGUGGACUGCAGUCUUUCCUAGCUUGGAGGGCUGAACGGAGAACAAGCAAGCCUGUGGGAUAUUAAGAAGAGUUGUUGUGCAUUAAGGACCUUUUUGUUGUGAAAAAGACUUUUCCAUUUCAGUAAAAGUGUUUGUUAUCAAACUUGACGUUUUGUCCCGUCAUAACUGCUGGGUCAGACAGUAAUAUACCGAAGGCCAGGCAAUUUGAAGGUUUUUAUACUACGAUCUCAGAUGUCAGUGUGUGCAUUUACAGUUAUAACUGCAGCACACUUGUGCAUCUCAAUAGAGUUUAUGAGUGCUUGCAUUCUGAUCAUGUGGAGAAGAAAACAGCAGAAAGACAUUCAAU